UGGAAUUGCAUUGUCAGAGUUGUAUUACGUCUAGCAAUAAUAGUCAAGAUGGUUGCUCCAGUGAACAAUUCUAUUCUUUACCUAUUGAUCAUAUCACUCUUUUCUUUCGUACAUCUACAAGUAAAAGGUGAUCACAACUCAUCGUUUCUCAAUUUGAAUUCUAUCAGAAGCAAGUCUGUUUUGCUCUAUGAUCGUGUGACGUACCUCAACCAACAUCGUUUGUAUCCCAGCUUGACGUUUACCUGCAAUGGAACUAUCGACAAUAUCACGUUUCUGGCCACUUAUCUAAAUGGCACAUUUGGGUCGUUUUUUUCACUUUGGAGCACUGAAGACAAUUCAACAUGGAUUCGUCAAGGAAACCGUGUUAGAACACAAGAUCAUCAAUUGCAAUGUAAAGAAGAGUGAGCUUUGCAUAUUAUCAGUGUUUGACGUUAGUCUGAAGUUUGAAGCUGGUUAUCAAUUUGGUGUGCAACUGAAUGGUGGUCUACAAAGGGCGUAUGACUUGAUACAUUUAUCAGAAGGUGGAUUUAGUCGUUAUACUGGGCUCAUGGCGGAACAGCGAAGCAGUACAACUCUCACUUUCAAUGAAAUGGAUGGAGCAGUUCCAUUACUGACCAUUGAAACAGAUCACCCGGAGUGUGUGCAAGGUUUCCUCAGUAAAGAUGUGUUUAUGCAUGCAGCUGCGAUAUUGAAUUAUGAACGAACUGUUAGCAAUUCAAACGAUCAGUUUGAAUUUGAAUUACAGCAGUGUUCAUGCCAAGCUCAAGUUACCGAUUUACUGUUCACAGGCAGUUUUGAUCCUGAAGAAUUAAUAGAUGUGUCCACAACAAACUUGACUAUAAAUUUGACCAUUAUUGAUUCGAAUACAUCUGAAACUGUUGCAGCUUUCAGCCUCUCUAAUCAAACUGUUCAAAUGACAGACACACUUAACAUAUUUAAAUACGUAUUAAAUUUUUCACGAAUUGAACUACAAACUCGAAACGUUUCUGUUGAAAUUACUCUUGAUGGUGGUAUUAUUCCAUCAUCUUCCGUAGUGCCUGUUUGCUGCGCACAAGAUAAUGAGUAUUUGAUGUUCACAUCUCUCUUCAUUGACAACAUCGAAAAGGAAGUUUCAAUUGAAAGAUUGCUUCUUUUCCCUGACAUGACAUUUCAAGCCUCAGGGAAUAUAUCGCUGUGGACAUUUACUGCAAGAAGAGAUAUCUUAAUUGAAGAAUCAAGUGAAAUCGAGUUCCUAGUGUGGAGACCCUCUAUAAAUUGCGACACUAUGAAUACAGAAUACGAACUAGUUGGUAGUAAUGCCGUCACAGAUGCUAAGCCCACAGAAUUCCUGAAUGUGUAUGAAUACAGUGUUCCUCAGAGUAAUCAGAUUCAAGUCCAAGAGGGUGAUGUGUUUGCAGUGUUUCAGUCUGGUGGGGAUGCUUUCUCUCUGGUUUUUGUGACUGAUAUCGGACAUUUGUAUUAUAAACCACGACUGAAUCUUAUGAACAGGAAUAGAGAGAAAAUGGAGUUUGUGUCUAGUGGUCACUACUUGUUUCCAAUGGUCAGUUCCAAUAUGACAAUGACAGGAGGUUAUCCUAUGAGAAGCAACACUACAAAUAAGUGUGCUGAUGAGCCUCCGAUAGAUGAAUCGUAUCUACUUAGGAUUACUUUAGCAUGUGGGACUGCAGGAUUUCUUGUUUUAUUGAUUCUCGUUAUUGGGCUGGUGAUUAUGCUAGUGAGAAAUUGCAAGAAAAACACAGACACUGCUGUUUCAAUACCAGGUGACCUUCAUAUGAGCACUCUUGCAAGGAGUUGGACCACUAUUGGAUAUGAAACUAUUCCCCCACUUCUUCCGACUCGCAAUGAGGCUGAAAUUGAGGGCCCCAUAUACUCAGAAGUUGCUCCAGCACUACCACGAGAGUUAUGUGGUACUGAUAUUGAUUUGCAGCAUAAUCAGGCAUAUGGGAAUGCUCCAGCACUGCCACAAGAGUUAUGUAAUACUGAUAUUGAUUUUCAGCAAAACCUGGCAUAUGGCAAGGUUGCUGAGGUUGGCCACUAGCUCUCUGGCGUGGUCCACCACCAACAGACGUUCACAAUUAGCUAAGAACAAAAUGACAUUCCUGAAAGUGUAGUAGAUUUGUAAAAAUGUAGUAAAAUUGGUCAAUAGAGAGAGGGCUCAUGCGCCUCACUGAUAUGCGCAUGCUCAGUAUAAUUACUAUAAGUACAGUCAAGAGUUUAUUAUACGAAGAUUAGAUCCCACUUGUGUGUGUUUAGCAGGGAAUUAUGAGCCAUAAUCUCAUAGUUUCCCAGGGAAUUAUAAGCUUGAGGGUAUAAAGUACAGUUGAGCCUCGGUUAUCCGAAUCCCGGUUAUCCGAAUCCUCGAUUAUCCGAAUGCUAGAGCAUAGUGCAAUCUGAGCAUGCGCAGUAGGAAAUUGCCCACGUGGCUGGCAAAAAGCCAGCUUUUGAUUAUCCGAAUAUUUCACUUACCCGAAUGGGCCCGGGGACAAAGGUGUUCGGAUAACUGAGGCUCAACUGUACAUGUAUAAUUUUUGAAUGUACAGAAAUGAUAAUAAAGCUGUAGCUGCAUGAUAACUAGCUAUGGCUGUUCAGUUUUUUCACUACCAGUUUCUAUAGCGUUUGCUGGGUUGAUGGUAGGGUUCACCAGUAUCUUUUCUAGUCUCUACGAGGAACACUAAGAGCCAAUGAUUUUAACAGUUCUGGGUCCAUGCAUUGUCACAAGCAUGAAAGCAUGUCUUCAACUUGACUUGUAGCUGAUUUGUCAAUUAACUUCGUCCUCCUGACUUCUGUUUCUAUCCUGCAGCCAUGUUUCAAAUUGCAGUAGACUCCUGUGUCUUUUUGGGAACGAUAGUGUACUGUAGCAUUGCUGCAAGCUGUUCCUUGCUAGCUAGCCGUACGUACAUAUCAGAACAGUUUACUGAGAAGCUUGAGCUGGGUGGGGCUUGAGUGCAGAGAAAGAGGCUGGGCUUAUUUGUAGCAGAGCGCUUCCUGCACAAGGUGGAGUCACUACCGUAUUCACCCGAAUUACCGGGACACAAAAAAAUAAUUACGGCUUGCAGUGUCCCUUGGAAUAGAGCAAGAAAAAUUACGUUAAAGUCGAAGUGUCCCUUGUAUUAGGGUGUCCCGUAGUAAUUAGAACGAAUAUUUCCCCAUUUAAGGUAUGUACACAGCCUCGAUUCCAGGCCGAGGCUAGCUCUGCAGCUAAAAUGUCUUUCGUGCAGUUUAGAAGCUGUGUACGCGGGUUCCAUGUCUACAAAGGUGUCUUCAACCGUCAGUGACAUAUUACGGUGCCAGAGAGUAGAAUCCAGAGAGUUUCUAAGAGUUUUGAGUCUCUUUCGAGCUAACAUGCUCUUUUUUGUUCUAAUUAGAUCGGGACGUCUAAAAAUAUUUACAUUUCCUGUUGUUCCUUAAUAUAGAAUGAAAAAAAUUACGUAAGUCCGAAGUGUCCCUUAGAAUAGAGUGUCCCGGUAAUUCGGGUGAAUACGGUAGUUUGUCCAUUCCAAUGUUG